AUAGGAACAGAGACAUUUCCAACAUAGGACCACAACAUAGAACAGCACAAAAGUCAAGAAUGUUUUCUUCCAAAAUGUUUGCUCUAAUCAUGGUGGCGUUAAUGGCGGCAAUGGUGGCAGAAGCUCAAACGCCGUCGUGUGCUUCGAAAUUAGUACCAUGUGCACCUUACCUUAAUGCCACUAAACCGCCAGCAGAGUGUUGUGAUCCACUAAGAGAAGCAAUAACAAAGGAUCUUGAUUGUUUGUGUAAAUUGUAUGAGAAUCCAUCGUUGUUGCCUUCACUUGGUAUCAAUAUUACUCAAGCACUUGCACUUCCAAAAGCAUGUAAUAUUCCUGGUGAUAUAAGUGCUUGUAAAGGUGCUGCUCCUGGUCCAGGUUCUGAAGCCUUGCCACCACCAGCCACACCAGGAGGAAAAGAUGGCAACAAUGUAAACAGAUUUACAUGGAGUGGAAUGUCUAUUUUACUUGUACUUUGUGCUUCUUUGAUGCUUGCUUAAAGCACUGGGAAAUUUGAUGGACUAAAAUAGUGAGGAAAUUUGGCUGAUGAUGUGUUUUGUUGCUUGUUUCACUUAUCAUUAUAUAUUUUGUGUAGUGUUAAAUUCUUGGUGUAUGGAUUGGUUCACACUUUUUAAUAUACUUAAUUAUUAUUUUUGUUUUA